AUGAUGGGAUCGCUGUACAUCGCUCUCCUCCUCCUCCUCCUCUCCGCUCCUUCAUCUCAUCCGGCUGCUGCUGACACCAAAUUCGGUUGCCUGUUUGAAGAUGACCUCUGUAAGCCAUUUGAGAUGUGUUUGAAUGAUGGAGUGUUCGGGAGAUGUCAGCGACGAUCGGUGAUAGACGUAUUCAAGUACGAAGUUUCACCUCCUGUUGUGCAGCGUCUGAGGAGCAUUCUUCAGAAGCUCUCCCACAGAGGCUUGACUUGGAAAGAUGACUACACACAACAUAUCAUUGCAAAUGAACUAUCAAGCAUUCGUAAGGUAUACAGCAGACCACCUGAAUCUCUUCCCUCUGAUGUUUCCAGCACUUCCAGGGGUCAAAAGUUAAAUGCAGAAAAUGACAGAAAUUAUGAAACAGAAGCAAAUAGAAACUUUGCCAAAUCUUUUCACCAAUAUCUGCAGUAUCUCGGGAUCCUGCCACAGUCUGUAGCUCCGAGCUACUACCCAAGGACAAAGAGUGAACAGCCCCCCAUUACGAACUCGAAGGGAAAAACUCCAGGUCUGUUAUUUGCUCCGACGUCCUAUCAGAAAACUCCUGAGAUGGUUGCAAAGACCUUAUCUAAACCUUCCGCUGACAAACUGCAAAAGGAAUCAGAAGCACAGGGUGAAAAGAAGACUUUACUGGCAGCAUUAAAAACCUACCUUUCACAAAAGCCUGUAUCACAUGGUCCUGAUAAUCCAGAUCCAAAUGGGAGAGCAAAAGUUUCUCUAAUGUACUCUAAUAAAUACCAUACCCCACAACUGAAUCAAUAUGAUAAGGUGCUUCCUAAAGAUGAUGAAAAGAAUACUUAUCAAAUCCAGUCUUACCGUCAGAGAGCGCAAGCUAGAGUGUUAACAAGGCCAAGUCUUGGAGCUAUGAUUUAUAAAUCCAGUUUUCGCCAAGAAGACCCAAAUGACCCGCUGAGUGCUGUGGAUGAAACCUUUAUCCAGAAUGUGGUCAAGGAGCUGGGCAAACAUAAACUGAACAUCGAUAAUCUUAGCCCAAAAGAGCUGGAUGAACUGGCAGAUGUGAUUGCUGAUACUCUGCAGAUUGUGGAUGGUGAACAAGUUGGUGCCAGGAAACUGGCAAAUGAAAGAGGAGCACAGGAGCUAAAAAGAGUGGAAUCGUAUGAAACCUGGGAACAUGAUGAGCUCAACAGAGGAGUUAAUGACACUUUUCAAGGUCAAGGAACAAGCACAAAACCAUCACAGCCUGAAAUAAAGGAUAGAGAGACAGACCUAAAGAAUGAGAACCUGCAAGACUUUACUGGAAAUUCUUUGCCACACGAAUUCCUAAAAGAACCUUUUGGCAAAGGACUAAACAACUUUGGAGAUUUCCAUUACAACUCAGAUGACGAUGACGAUGACGAUGAUGAUGAAAAGAAAGCUGGCACUGAGAAUGUAAAAAGUGAGACAUACACUAAAGAGUUGACAGCUCAGAAGAAAUCCGCUGAGUCUGACUCAGAUUCCAAAGAGGAGAUUGAGUAUCAGCACUUGGUGCAGGAGAGUUUUUCACAAGGUGACAGAACAUUUCAAGGACAGCCAAAGAAAAUGAGGCAAGAAAUACAGCUCCAAGUGACAUCUUCUAGCAAUGACAAAUACGGAUACAUUGUGACACAGAAGACGCCACUGACUGUGAAGAGGGGUCUGGAAUUAUUAAAUGAAGUCGCUUUGCUCCUGAAACAGCAAAUGAAUGUGUUUAGUGAUGUCAGUGUGUCAGGAUCAGCGGUAGUGUUUCAAGUCCGCCCCAAUAUCCAGAAUUUGACAACAGAGCGUGUGGCAAAUGCAGCAGGUACUGUCAGUCUUCAUUUCAUAUACUAUGAUGAUCAUACCUGA